AUGAAGUUUUCCACUGUUUUCUCUAUCUUCCUGGCAGCUCUCUCGGUUGGAGUUGGCGCCAGCCCAAUUCCCCUGGACCAACCCGGCGCUAUCACAGUACCAAACGGAGUUGUCUCUCGGCCUUUCUACGACGGAGAACUUGACAAGCGAGGUACAAAAAAGCCUGCCACAAGUCAGGAAAAAGGCAGCACAGAACUCCCCACAACAGAAAGCAAUACCUACAAGGCCGUGGCAAAGGUUGGCAAGAACCUGCAACCGAAUAAAUACUAUGCUUUCUACAUCACCAACACUUUGAAGUCGCCCCCAGUAAAAGAGGAGGCACCUCAUAUUAACGAGGCACGAAAGCAGCUUGGCUAUCAGCAUAUCUACUACGGCGUUGGCAAGGUCACGAAGACUACGAAGGGUGGUGGAAAGAACAAGAAGGAGGAGUUGGGCUUCGGUGAAUCCAUGCAAUGGGACCUGGGGUUCAAAGACGGGAAUGAUCACCCCAUCACUUAUGCCACGCAGAAGUGGAACCCUACCUCGGAUAAGAGAAAUCUGCAUUUUGUGGGCGAGGUUUCUGAGAAGGUAGUGAAGAAACUGGGGGAUACCUCCAAGCAAUAUGUUAAGGAUCAUCCUCACUAUGAUGCAGCGACGAACAACUGCAACACGUAUGUCCAUGCCCUCGACAGCCGGGUACCCUUGACAAAGAUCACUAUCUAA